UGUUUGCAACUCUUCCGAAGUCACCAACUUUUGUUUUUUAUCGUUGUCCACAUCUAAACAUAAAGUUGUCAACAAUAAUUUAGGAAACAUGUUAGUUGGCAACUGGCAGUCUCCAUCAAGACUAUUGUGUUGACAAAAUGGGGUCGAUUGAUGACGAUAUUAUCUUAGCAGCUGCAUCAUUUAUUAUUUUGAGUAAAAAAAAGAAACGAAAACAUAAAUAUUGGGUACGACCAAGCCUCAUAGGAAGAAACACACAUGGAGGAAUUGAGUUAAUAAAUGCUUUGAGAAAAGAUGAUUUGUUAGCAGGACGUAUUGAAGACGGACAAAUAAGAAACUUUCUCCGUAUGACUGAUUCCGAUUUUGAGUGGUUGCUCAAUCUUGUUGGACCAAAAAUUACAAAAAAUGACACUAAUUUUAGAAAAGCCAUCACACCUACCGAACGCCUACUAAUUACUUUAAGAUUUUUGGCUACCGGAGAUUCCUACACUUCAUUAAUGCAUUUAUUUAGGAUUUCAAAGCAAGCGAUUUCAAAAAUUGUACCAGAAGUAUGUAUAGCAAUAUGUGAAGUUCUUGGCGAUCAAAUAAAAAUGCCUGGAACUGCUGAAGAGUGGAAAGUAGUGGCAACACAGUUUAAUAAUCUAUGGAAUUUUCCACAAUGUACAGGAGUUAUGGACGGAAAACAUAUUAUGAUUCAAUCACCAGAACACAGUGGAAGCGAUUACUUUAAUUCUAAAUCGUUUUUUAGCAUUGUGCUUUUUAUUGUUGCUAAUGCAAAUUACGAAGUGUUGUAUAUGAAUGUUGGCUGCCAGGGACGCAUAUCGGAUGGUGGUGUUUACGAAAAUACCCAGUUCAAAAGAAUGUUGUCCGAAUGUAAACUUAAUCUACUUAAUAAUGAAAAGCUUCCUGGUAGAGCCAUGGCUGUUCCUUAUGUUUUUCUGGGUGACGAUGCUUUUCCAUUGUCACCAAAUUUGAUGAAACCUUAUCCAGGUACCCAAGAAAAAGGAUCACAGGGAAGAAUAUUUAAUUAUAGACUAUCAAGAGCGCGAAGGAAAAAAAAAUCAAGGACCACCUACACUCCACCUGGAACUUUCGAUUCUGAAGACAAAGACAGUGGUAAUAUUAUUUCUGGAGCUUGGAGGAACGAGAUGCAAAACAAUAUGCCAUUCCAUAGUUUCGAUAAGAGAGCUCGGAAAUCAAGUAGUGCUGCGAAAGAUGUGAGACAAGAAUUUGCAGAGUUUUUUAUGACCGAACAAGGGAACAUUCCUUGGCAAAAUGACUAUUAA